AUGUCUUUAUCUUCUUCAAACGUCAAUGAGGAUGAUCUCAACAAUUCCCAGGAUGAGACAAGAACUUCUGAAAAUACGCCCCUUAUUUAUUCAGGAAAUGAUGAAGAGACUGGGGAUGUUAUAGCUGAUACUGCUCCCUCUGUGUCAAAAUUCCCUGAAUGUAUUCAAAGGUUUCGGAAACCUCAUAUUUUAUGGAUGAUACCGUUUUCAUUCUUUUUAUCAACUAUAAUGACAGCUAUAUUAGCACCUUCAGUACAAUUAAUUCUCCGAAUAAUUUGUCUCGAGUAUUACGAUAAAGAAAAACCACUAUCGACCGUUUGGGAUAAUCUUGAAGAUGAACAAUGUCGGACACCCGAGAUUCAAUCAUUGACCGCAAAUUUUUUAUUAUGGUAUCAAUUGUGUGGAUUUAUAGCAGGAACAUUAUCCGUUGGAUAUAUAUCAACUUUAACAGACUACAUGGGUCGCCGUUUUGCUUUUCUACUCUCUAGUGUUGGAAUUAUAUUUGCAUUGACAAAUAUAAUUUUUGUUGCACACUAUUGGAAUAUUGUGAGCUCGAAAUUUUUAUUUCUUGGUGUAAUAGUGGAAGGAAUACUGGGUGGAGUUAUCUCUAUUAAUACCGCAUGUCAUGCAUAUCUAAGCGAUUGCACAACACCAGAUAAAAGAAGUAUCGCUUUUGGGUAUAUGCACGCUUCGGCGUAUUCUGGAAUGACCGUUGGUCCAAUUUUGGGUGGACUCGUGAUAAAAGCUACAGGAUCCAUCCUCUCAAUAUUUUAUGUUGUACUCUUUGGACAUCUCCUAUUCUUUCUAUUUAAUCUAUUUAUAUUGCCCGAAUCACUCUCAUCCGAGCGACGUAGAGAACGCAAAGAACUCUCGCCGAUAUCAGGGGUUUCGCCAAGAAAUAUUUUUGCUGCGCUUACUAUAUUGACACAGAAGCCAGUUGAACAGUAUCCUGGCGAGAGAAUCCGUUCGUGGCGCGGUCGAAACACAAUCUAUAUACUUACUGUAAUUUAUUUUCUGUAUAGAGUGUCACAAGCUGGUCAAAAUGAGAUUUUUAUAUUAUAUGCAGCGCAUAAAUUCGAUUGGACAGCGUUAGAUAAUGGAUUCUUUUUGUCAACACAAGCAUUUUCAAAAUUUCUUGCAUCACUUUUACUUCUUCCUCUAUUCAAUUUUCUAUAUCGACGAUUUUUUGCCUCCCUCUCCACCUCGACAUUCUCCCAUGGCUUUGAUACAUCGAUGGUACGACUAGGCAUGGGUUUGGAAGUCAUAGGAUUUAUAUUAUUCGCCACUGCCAUUAUACCCGCAAUGUUUUAUUUCGCGUGUGUAAUUAAUGGAUUGGCAACCAUCGCAACUCCCGCACUUCGAUCUCUGUUCACUACUUUCGUGCUACCUACUCAGGCUGGACAGAUUUUGGGGGCGUUAAGUGUAAUUGAAAGUAUUGGAAGCGUUGCGAGUCCACUCUGGAUGAAUCCCUUGUAUGCUUGGGCGGUGAAAAAAGGUGUACCAGAAAUUGUGUUUUGGCAGAAAGUUUACCCUAGCGUCAAUAAUGGAGCAUGCAAUACUUUUACCAGCAUUGCUACCAAAACCUUAUUCACCCCAAUGAACACCACUCGCUUCACGCCAGCACCAGGACAAAAUAAUAGUAUCGGACUAGUGCUAAAAACCACAACGCGUGGUAUGAAGGUGCGGUCGUCAGUGAAGAAGAUGUGUGACGGUUGCUAUACUGUACGGCGUCGUGGUUAUUUGUUUGUCAUGUGUAAAAAGAAUAAGAAGCAUAAGCAGCGACAGGGAUAA